CUAAUUCUAGGGAAUGGUCAGCCAAGAGCAUUUCAUGGCCUAGAUCAUGCUUACAUAUUCACAAAUGGUUACAGUAGUAAUUUACAUAUUGAACCCUUUAGUAGAAGAGAUCAACAAAUGGCUAAAAUGCUUUCAGCAAUGAUUACAAAUUUUGCUAAAUAUGGGAAACCAACACCAGUUGAAUGGAAUGGUUUCAAAUGGAUACCAUUUACAAAUGAAUCUGCUCAAUAUGCAAUCUUAGAUUUACCACCAAGGAAGGCAAUUGGUAGUUUACAUUGGCCAGCAACAAAUUUUUGGAAUAAAGAAAUGGCACUUUUCGAAAAAUUAUCAUUGCGUGAAAAAUCGGUGCAAACAUUAAGUGAGGAAUUAACUGCUGAUGAACGAUUACAGUUAGCUGCUUAUCGACGUGCAUGGUGGGCAUUAUGGUUACUUGUUGGUAUGAUUGCUUUGGUUAUUUGGGUCAGUAUUAUUUGCAUUGUUGUGACAAGAUGUCAUAGCCCUCGAGCCAAACCAUACAAUAAUAUUGUUGUUAACAGUUGA